AGGCGGCCCGGAGAAGGCCAAAUGGCGGAGAGGCAGCCCUGAGAAGGCCGGAGGAAAGGAGAGGCGGCCCGGAGAAGGCCAAACGGCGGAGAGGCGGCCCGGAGAUGGCCGGAGGAAAGGAGAGGCGGCCCGGACAAGGCCAAACGGCGGAGAGACGGCCCGGAGAAGGGCGGAGGAAAGGAGAGGCGGCCUGGAGAAUACCAGCGGAAAGCAGAGGCGACCUGGAGAAGGCCAAGUGUCAGAGAGGCUGCCCGGGGAAGGGCGGAGGAAAGGAGAGGCUGCCUGGAGAAGGCCGGAGGAAAGGAGAGGCAGCCUGGAGAAGGCCAAAUGGCAGAGAGGCUGCCCGGAGAAGGGCGGAGGAAAGGAGAGGCUGCCUGGAGAAGGCCGGAGGAAAGGAGAGGCGGCCUGGAGAAGGCCAAAUGGCGGAGAGGCGGCCCGGAGAAGUCCAGAGGAAAGGAGAGGCGGCCUGGAGAAGGCCAAACAGCGGAGAGGCGGCCCGGAGAAUGCUGGAGGAAACGAGAGGCGGCCCGCAGAAGGCCGAACCGCGGAGAGUUGGCCCAGAGAAGGCAUUUCCCAGGCCAGCUCUCCUUUCCUCUGGCCAAAAGGUGGAGAGGUGGCCCGGAGAAGGCCAAAUAGCGGAGAGGCGGCCCGGAGAAGGCCGGAAGAGAGGAGAGGCGGCCCGGAGAAGGCCGGAAGAGAGGAGAGGAGAACAGGAGAAGGCCAAAUGGCGGAGGGGCGCCCCGGAGAAGGCCGGAGGAAAGGAGAGGCGGCCCGGACAAGGCCAAACGGCGGAGAGGCGGCCUGGAGAAGGCCGGAGGAAAGGAGAAGGGGCCCAGACAAGGCCAAACGGUGGAGAGGCGGCCCAGAGAAGGCCGGAGGAAAGGAGAGGCGGCCCAGACAAGGCCAAACG